AUGUCAUCAACUAGUUACAAAACAAUUCACACAUCAUCAUCGUUAUCGUUAUCAUCAUCAUUUAUACCUGCUGAGUGUGAUAUAUUGGAUACAAGAAAAGACUCAAAUGUUCUUGCAUCAGGUAGUCAAUAUUUUUUUUUCGAAGAAGUAAUACCAGCCGUAUCAUCUGAAGAAGAAAAUGAUACACGAAAGAAUCUACAAUUGAAGUUUACACCGGUACCAACAGGAGGUGUUAAUUCGAAAAAACGUUCAGUAGCACGAAAAAAGAUACCAAUUCCUAAGCGUUUACAAUUUUCUACCAAUGAUAAUGAUGAUGAUGCACGUGAAGGUCAACACAUGGAUUUACAACCAUUACUGAACCACAUUCCAAUUGCUCUUGAAAACGAUGAUGAACCUGUCAAUAUCGAUAAUGAACAAUAUAACGGUCAAGAUUCAACAUAUACCAGAAGUGAUGGUACUGUAAUUGAACUAUUAUCAGUACAUGGCACCAAACAAAAUACAAUUAAAUUUGCUCUUAACUUAAUAGAUUUAGUAUUUGUAGACAAGCAAGAUUUUCAAAAUAUUAAUGUGAAACAAGCAGAUAAUGAUCUACGAAUCAAAGCCAUUUAUAAUGCAGUCAAGCAGAAGUUUGGUUAUUCGUCAGAAGAAAUGUCCAUCGUUUGGCCUCCAAUGCACGAGUCUAUUUUAAGCAAGCGUCGUAACCAGCAAAAGAAGCUGAACUCAAGUACAAAUACAAGUGAAAUAUUAUAA